AUGAGAAAAUACUCGUCUUGCUCAUCGUUAUUACAACGAAUUCGUGAUCAACAUCUUCGAGAUGCUUGGAAUACGCAAAUUGAAUAUAUUCAAAAGGCAUGGAUCAGUUUAUUCUUUUAUUUUGUUGUACUGUUGAUAUUCCAAUGUCAUAAUCGAGUAUACAAUGCAUGGGAAGGUCCAUUUCCAAUGGAUCUCUAUCAAUUUCGAAAUCAUUUAAAUAUGAACUAUAACUUGUUCGGUUUUAAAUCAUUUUUUUCAUUUCGUUGGUUUCUUUUUCAACCUGAAUAUAUUCAAAUUGAAUUGGGUAAAAAUGUAAUUGAUCAAAGUAUCGAGAAUACAUUUCGAGUGUUUUACGGUCAUUAUUCAUACGAAAAAUUAUUAUAUACAUUUAAUCGAGUCGUAGAACCAAUGAUUGAUACAUCACACAUGCCAUUGUUUAUUAAAUUUUAUGCAUAUAAACAAUCAUAUCCUCAAAUACAUUAUCCAUAUCGUUUUCAAUCACUUAAUAUCAAUACACUACGAUGUAUUGGCAAACAACUUGGAAUUUCGUCAAGAGAAUUCAUACAUUGUUGGGAACAACAAGAACAAUUACGUUAUGAACAAGAAACUCAACGCGCUCAAGGAGAAGAACAACGACGUCGUCUGGAACUUAUCAUUGAAGAAGAAGUUCAACAUCAACAGCAUGUCUAUGGACACGACAUCAAUCGAAUAUUGCAAGGCAUACGAUCAGCAUCGCCUCGUUUCAUUGCACAAUUUCGUUUGAAUGGUUGGCAAAUAGUCAGUCAUGAUCUCCUUGAUUAUAGAUGUAGUAUUUGUCUCGAAGAUUUACAAUUAAAUCAACGUAUUGCUCGAUGGCCUUGUCAAGCUAGGCAUACAUUUCAUUUCGAUUGUAUGUUAGAUGUUUUACGAGCAGGAAAUACAUGUCCAUUAUGUCGACAUCCUGUUGAAGCAGCAGAUUUACCUAAUGCAGAAGCUGUUGUUUGGCUCCUCUUAAGAACAAUGAUGCCUAAUGCAUCCACUUGA